AUGUUCACCAAAAAGAGAUCUGAGCCAGAGUCAAAUGCUGGUGGUACCACAAAUCUAACGGUUAAUAAAUUUCAAUUAAUGUACAGGAUGGAACUACGAAAAGACCCUCGUGCGUGGGGUGACAUGAAGUCGCCACUAUUAUCAUGUCGUGGCACUUAUGAAUAG